AUGAACAACAGCCACAAGUGGACGAGGCGGCUCUUGAUAGGCCUGAUUGUUCUUUCGAAUUACUCGUAUAGUGGAAGUCCCUUGGCAAGACAUCUGAGAUUGCGCCCCUUGAGACCCGCUGAGAUUCGGGAACUGGAGAGCUCUCUGCUCAAGGGUCGAUCCGUUUCCAGUGGUUUUGCUGCCCUCACUGGAUUUGCCCUGGGUUUGGGAAAGGCCCUGACUGGGGUCUUCAUCUACGACGUCAUUACUGCGAAUAUAACCGAAUCCGAGGAAACCAAUGUUUCAGCCAAUUGCAAUUCGGUUAGGGAGAUCUGUUUUGAUAAUGGAAAUUCUAAUUCAGAUGUAACUUGCCUUGUUUACUAUACUAAUAAUUGA